CUCCAGUUGAUUAUAAAGCACAGCGGUAUGACUCAAAUUACCAGAAACGCAUAUUUGGACUGAGGCCUAACGCCAGUGUUAAAGCGAAGCCUUGCGGCUAGUUAGCGUUUAGCCGCUGAGCUAGCAUGACACAUUGAGCUGGAGCAGUCGCUAAUACACAUUUUAGCCACAACCGCCUUUCCAAAAGCAGCGUCUUAUCUGAAACCAUCGAUGUGCCACAUGGAGGUGGAGCAGCUUCUGUCUUUGUCAGGUUCAGCACUGGCCCAGGCUGUCAGUUCUCUGCUGGAGACCCCAGGCCUCUACGUCUUCUCUGACAUCCUGGAGCUCCCUAAUGUCAGAGAGCUGGAGAAUGGCCCUCACGCACCAGUGUACCAGCUCCUGAACCUCUUUGCUUAUGGAACCUACUGCGACUACAAAGAGAGAGCAGCCUCUCUCCCAGAGUUGACCCCCGCACAGAGAAACAAACUCCGCCAUCUGUCCAUCAUCAGCUUGGCUUCCAACCUAAAGUGCCUGCCAUACUCGUUGCUCCUGCAGCAGCUGGAGCUGAAGAAUGUGCGGGAGCUGGAGGACCUGCUGAUUGAGGCUGUUUACUGCGACAUCAUCCAGGGCAAACUGGACCAGAGGAACCAGCAGGUGGAGGUAGACUGCAGCGUGGGCCGUGACCUCGGCCCCAAUGAGCUUCCAAACAUAAUCAACACGCUGCAGGAGUGGUGUACGGGGUGUGAGGCAGUGCUGUGUGGUAUUGAGGAGCAGGUCUCGAGGGCAAACCAGUACAGAGAGAGCCAGCUGAAGGUUAAGGUCCAGGUGGAGACAGAGGUUUCAAACCUGCAGAAAACGUUAAAGGCCAGCGCUGCCUCUCCGUCGUCUGGGCCGGCUCCAGCUGGAGCCGCCUCUAAUCAGGACGCCGACCAGCCAGCCGAGCCACGAGACCCUGCCUCCUCUCAGGAACCCCGACAGCCGGGCAAGAAAAGUUCAAAGGUUAAAGGCAAACAUUAAAAAGCCAGCUGCCAGUACUACGUGGGAGUGGGAAGAUCUGGUCCAAGUCCAACUGAAGACAGUGGAGCGAUAGUUGCCCCGAUGGACACUCUCGCUGAUUAAUGGACACAUGGAGUUGUUGAAAGACAAAUGGAACAGAUUAAACAAUGUGGACAACGUUCACGGACACUUGUCGUACACACUUGAAAACCAGACGGCUUCAUGGGAAUUUUUCUUGUCACCUACUCUCACCUUGAUGGAUUCAGAAGCGCACACUGGCUGAUGGAUGUGACAGGUGUGACAUUCACUCUUGCAGUUGUUAAUAGCCUAACAGCCAGACUGUCAGUGUAAACACACCCACACACACAACACCUGUCACACACGGAGACAGAAAGGUCUGCAGCGGGAGUCAGUUGCCUUUGACCAGAAGCAGCAUCAGUGUGUUUAUUUCUGUUGUUUUAAAAAUAUUGUUUUGGUUUAGAAGAACCAUAUGUUGCGUGUGUGUGUGUGUGUGUGUGUGUGUGUGUGUGUGUGUGUGUGUGUGUGUGUGUGUGUGUGUGUUUUCUUUUUUUUGAGUUAAGAAUUGUACAAAAUCAAGAAUAUAAAUAGUUGGGAAAUAAAACAAAGCCCUGUACUUCUCCUGACCGUCUCA